CGGGGGCGCGCAAGCAAGCAAGCCCCGGGCGGCUGAGCCGGGCCGAAACUUCUAAAGGUUGCGCGUUGCCAUGGCUACUGUCACUCACGGGAUUUCCAUGGCAACGGGGUGGAACCGGACGGGGCCGCUGGGGCGAGCUUGUUGGGGAAUCGGGGCGUCUUCCCUGCUUGCAAAUCGCAGGGUGAUCCGGCGGGCCUUUGCUUCGGGAGCCGCGGCCAUGGCGGCCCUUAAGGUUGGGGACAAGCUCCCCAGCGUGGAGGUCUACGAGGGAGACCCUUCCAACAAAGUGAACCUGUCCAGCCUCUUCAAAGGGAAAAAGGGCAUUCUUUUUGGGGUGCCCGGUGCCUUCACCCCCGGUUGUUCCAAAACGCAUCUGCCCGGCUAUGUGGAGAAAGCAGGACAACUGAAGGGCAAAGGCGUUGAGAUCAUUGCUUGCUUAGCAGUCAACGAUAUCUUUGUGAUGAACGAAUGGGGAAAGGCUCACCAAGCUGAAGGAAAGGUGCGGAUGCUGGCUGAUCCAACGGGGGCUUUUGGGAAGGCCACGAACCUUCUGCUUGACAAGGACUCUCUCCGGCAGUUGUUUGGGACGAACCGAUCCAAAAGGUUCUCCAUGGUGGUGGAGGACAGCAUUGUGAAGUCCCUCAACGUGGAAGAAGACGGGACUGGGCUGACCUGCAGCCUGGCCAGCAACAUCGUCUCCCAGCUGUGAGGCCCAGUAGGCUCCGUUGCCCUGGUGGGAACCCCCCACCCCCACCCCACCAGGUUGGUGGUCCUCAAGGGGUUUUGAAAUUGGCUCAGGAUCAGCGCACAAGAGAUGGAGUUGUGUGAGUUUACAUAGUUAUGGAGUCCUCGCUUGCUCUCUGAGCUUGGUUUUCCUUGCGGACGUUUCAUGACCCAACUAGGCAACCGAGGGUGGGGUUCAAAGAUCCCAGCAACUGGUUCGCUGCCCAGUUGCUGCGUGGGCAUGGCCAUGGUGGGCG